AUGGAGGCCAAGAGCAUGGAAGCGUCGGGGACCAUGUGCUUCCAUGGCAUCGAGUACUCGGUCGAGAUAUGGGUCCAACGCGAUGAGCUCCAUGUCCAGGUCGAGGAAGAGAGCCUCAAGGCGACGGCCGACGUCGAUCGAUGGGGUGGCGCCUUCCCGCCAUACAUUGAAGAGCUCACGAAGAAGACGGGCAACUUUAAGCGCUUCUACACCUUUGUCAACAUGCUCGUCUCCGCCUUGAACCACAAGAGCGACUCGGUCUUCAUUGACCUCCUCACGUACUCGGACUUGGAACUCUACCGGAAGCGCAAGUUGGGCAAGUCCUCGGCCGAAGCUCCACCGGCAGCGGCGCUUCAUGCGACCAACAAGCGCUACCUUAUCCUGACCUACGCGGUCGAGUUCGACCGCGUACAUUACCCGCUGCCGCUCCUGUACAUUGAGCAGCCCACGCCCGACAUUCUGCAAAAAACGAUCCUGCGCCUCAAGCAGGCGCUCACGGACGCCAAGGUCGACGGUGGUGUCCCCGACAAGCAGCUCACGGCGCUGCAAGACGAGAACACGUCGCUUCGGCUCCAGAUCAAGCAGCUGCAAGCCCUGCACGACGCAGCUAAAGUCCCAUCGUCCGAUAUCAUCGAGCUCAAGGCGCAGAUCGAGUUGCUCGAACGGCAGCAUUCCCGGGACGACGUCGAGGCUUUGGAGCAGCGCUAUGGGCAGCGGAUACGUCAGCUGGAGAAAGACGUUGAGCGCGAACGGGCCGACCACCACCGUCUUGUGCUGCAAUUGGAGCGACAACUCGAGGACGAGCAAACCAAAGCAGGUGCCGCCGAGACAGAGUUGCGGGAGUUGCAGCUGAAGAACCGAGAACUCAUGCGCCAGCUCGCCGUGGCGCGGACCAAAUCGACGCCGCAUCGAGACCGCCCACAGGCCGCGACGACGGCGCCGCAGAAGCCCCGUCCGCGCAGCACCACCGUGUCGUCGCGGCCAUCGAGUGGCCACGACAGCAGUGACGGGGCGCGCAAGCCUCGCUACACGGCGCCCGCCGCAGCAACCACGUUCAAGCGCUUUGACCCGACAGCAUACCACCUGGAACGCCAAGCCAAGCUCCGCGCCCGAUCGCAGUCGCCGCAGCCGCCAUCGCGGUCGUCGUCGGCGCCGCGCCAACCCAUCAUGAGCGGGUACUCGUCCGACUCGUCGGCAGGGUACCAGUCGGGCGGAUCCAAUGCCUCUCGACGGCCACGGCCGCGCAGCCGCCAGGGCUCCACCGAGCGCCAGCGGGAUGCGGAUGCGCGGCUCGCGUCGCCACGGUGGAGCGCGUCGACCAAGGCGCCUCUCGCCGUCUCGAGCCGCCGGUCGCCGUCGCCGACCGUCCCCCGCAAGGCGACGACGCCACUUAGAGGGUCGCGCGCCCCGGCCAAGACGACAGCCCCCAAGCCACCGGCACGGUCAAAGCCCACGGUACUCCUCCCAGCGGUCCCGACGACGCCACAGUACCUCUACGACGACGACGAGAGCGACACGGAAGCGCCGUCGACGUUCACCGACAUUGACAAUCGGCUCAACGCGCUCCAGCAGUUUCUGCGCGAUGCCAAGACGCACCAGCCAAAGCUCGGGAGGAAAUAAUUACAGGAC